ACACUUUUGUUGUAAAUAUUGAUUCACACCUCAGUAGUAUCUAAUCAGUCUUUAAUACUACAUUGUAUGCUACUGAGAUAUAUUUGGAAUUGAUGCUUUUGGUUUAAACUAUAGUAUGACAUGGCUUCUCCAGGAAUAUUUUCUGAGGUCCGUGACCCUUCAGAAAGGGUAAGACAGCUGUGUAAUUAUGCCUGUAAAGUUGACAUCGAUGAAGCCAUUCCUCCAAAAAGAUAUCUUAGAUCUGGGCUGGAAAUGAUGAGGAUGGCAAAGGUUUAUCAAGAAGAAGGCAACUAUGAAAGUGCUUUUAUUCUCUACACAAAGUUCAUAUCAUUAUUUGUUGAAAAGCUCCCUAAGCAUCCAGACUUUAAAACAGCUCCACAAGCAGAUGUGUCAGCCAUUAAAAAGAAAGUGGUGGCAUCGUUUGCAUCAGCAGAAAAAAUAAAAGCCAAAUUAAAAGAAAGAUAUUCUGCCAUAGAAAAGAAGCGUCAAGAAGAGGAGAAAAGAAUCCAAGAAGAACUUGCUAGAAAGCAGGCUGAGGAAGAGGCAAGGAGAAAAGAGAUAGAAGAACUAGAGGAAUGUAAGAGACAAGAAGCUGAGACAAAAUGGUUAGAAGAACAAGAAGCAAGGUUACAGGAACUUAAGCGACAGGAAGUAGAGAGACAAAGACAGCAAGAUGCGGCAACAGCAGCAGCUGCGGCUGCUGCGGCAGCUGUGAUAAAUAGUGGUGCUCCACCAAACUUUUUUAACAAUCAAAUACCUUCUGCCCCACCUGGAAACUUAUCUUAUAUUCCUAAUGACUUUGGUGGAUCUACUAAACUAGUAGAUAUAGAUUCUCAACCUGCAGGAACAGGCCCUAUCAUACCUGAUAGAGAUCUAAAGAAAAACCUUGUGAUAAAUGAUGGACCAUCAGCAUCUCCUUUGCCCUCAAUUGACAGAACAACAAAACCUCCAGCAUAUGAUCAUUUUAUGAGCACUGGUAGCUCUAGUGGAAAUAAGUUUGGGUUGAGGGAUGUUAUUAUACCUUCUGAUCUUCCUAGGAAAUUUUUAGUCAAAGCUGAACAUAACACAUUAAAAAAUAUAGAGACAUGUGGAAUUUUAGCAGGAAAACUUAGACGUGAUGCAUUUGUGAUUACCCACCUGAUUUUACCAAAACAAUCUGGGACUUCAGAUACAUGUGUAGCUGAAGAUGAAGAGGACCUAUUCUUGUAUCAAGAACCAAGGGACUUAAUCACUCUAGGAUGGAUACAUACACAUCCCAGUCAGACUGCUUUCCUGUCAAGUGUUGAUAUGCACAAUCAGUAUGGUUACCAGGCAAUGUUACCAGAGGCAAUUGCUAUUGUGUGCUCUCCAAAAUUUAAUGAAACUGGUAUAUUUUCACUAUCAAUAGAAAGAGGACUUGUAGAAAUAGGAUCAUGCAGACAAAAAGGAUUUCAUCAACAUAAUAAAAAUCCACCAUUAUUUGAGGAUAGUUCACAUGCCAAGACUGUAGAUACAGAGAAAAUUGAGGUUGCAGAUUUAAGAUGACCCUGAUGUAUAUCCAGCAAUAUAAUAAAGACAGACAAUUAUUAGACUCAUGCCAUCCAGUGUAGAACUUCAGUAUUGUUGUGUUUGUGGAGGAAAAGAGUCUUUUUAGUGAUUUUUU